AUGCCGCCGCCCGCUCAACCACCGCCUUCCCACGGUAAUUGGACUAGAAUCCGUGGGGAACUCUCCUUUGGAAUCGCCCCCAACAGGAAGCGGGCGAUCAAGGCGCCAAUAAUCUGGGACCUAUAUAAGCGGAUUCAGAACCCAACCGUUCAUGGACUUGGCGACGAUUUCUUCACCGAGCAGCGCAUCAUCGCCGCAAUUGCUGUAAUGUCGCCGGUGUUCAUUCCGUUCGGCGCCUGCCUUGUGGUCAUCGUUCUUUGGUACAAUUGCGUAGCGCGACGGAUACAGCGGCAGAUCGAGAAGGCCGAUAAACAGCGACAGCCCUCAUCGUUGCAACUCACCGCCAGUCAGGACACACUACAGGAUCCACCACCCACCAUUCGAAUCGACCAA